GAACCAGGAAUAUUCCUUUAAUAUCAUCUAAAUACAACUGAAUGUUAUUUGUAAAGCUGCUUUAAGGCUAUGGAUGCCUUACUGUGCUUUACAAAACAUGAACAUUGUAUCAGAUGUUGUAUUGUAAUUACCAUCAUCUACAUGAAUUAGUGCGACUUUUGCACGGGCAAACAGCACUCAAUUUUUUAUCAUAAAACUGGUUAUUAUAUGCAAUAUAAAUAACAUUUACAAACUUUGGAGUAUAAAGCUAAAACAGCUUGAUAAAGAGGCAUUCACAUGAUUCGUGUCGGGGCAUCAACACAACGCUCAUCGCCAGUGUCAAGCACUGCUUUGACCUCCACAUGACAAGCGUUGAAGAUAGCAUCACGCACAGCGAUUUUAUAAGUUUGCUAGACAAGAACAUAUAUUGCAUAUAUGCAAAUUGUCCAGUAACCACUGGCUGAAGCUUCGAAAGGUCAGCGGCAAUGAUGUCAAAGUUGAAAUUGUUUGACCGUGUGAUGUGUGCACAGAGUGGCACCGAUGGCAAUGCUGAAGCUAAUGCUUCACUCCAUAAGGUUCAAUGUACUCUACAACGUUGAUGCGAGUGUGUAAUUUCUGCCCCACGCUACCCGUCUUCCAUUGAUCAAACAAACAGACAGUCCCGCCCCCAACUCACGGCAUUGGUUGAGUCUUUGCUGUCAUGUCGUUAUGGUCGGGUCACUCAAAACAAACAGGAACAAAGGUAGUGCUUAUGUUUUUGAGAAAAUUGACCUACAAAUAGCUUACUUAAAGUUGUCUCUGCAUAUUAUGCUGGGAUAGGUGAAAGUAUUUUAACUUUUUUCACAUUUUAUUUUUUAUUUUUAUGAAUCAAUCCAUAAACUUCUAAUUGUUUUGUUUGUGCUUUGGUGACAAACUGGGUUUACUUUCAUUUGAUGGUGACGGUUACGUUUAAGUUACUAAUUUUAAGAGCAGCUUUUAGAUCAUUGGGUCUUCUGAUAACUGUGUUUGUGUUGGGGGUCUCCUGCUCAUUUGGAGAGCUUUUCCAUAUCUUAUCUUCUUGACCGUUAUUCUAGGAGUGGAUGCCAGGAGUCAAAGCCUUUUAUGGAGUGGUGAGGCUGCUCAGCUGACCCACAAUGCAUGGGGCCAAACUCUCUUUAUAACCCACUCAGAGUCAGACCACACGGUUAUCCUCCAUCCGUGAUCCCAUUCUGUCAUGACUUCUCUGAGCAGUCCUUCGGCCUCUCGUUGCUCCUCUUCCUCAUUCCACCGCUCGUCACGUUACAGCACGAGUACCGUGAGGUCCUUCAGCUCUGAUGCUCUCCAGCCGAGACUUCACAGUCAGUUUGGAGAAGAAACCUCCAUCAACUCCAUCACAAAUGGGUUUGAGCCGGAGCAAGAGUCCUUCACCUGUUACCAUGGUGAUUCACAGGAUGAGUCUUCGUGGAAUGAGUCCUUUGGAGGUUACCAAGUUCCGGGCUCUGGGCGCCCGGCCAGAAUGGGUGUAGUGAGUGCAGUGGGCGACCGCUACUUCCUGUCCGCAGAUGUCAGUGGGUUUGAGCCACAGGAAGUGGUGGUGCUGGCGUAUAAUCAGUGUGUAGUUAUUCAUGCAGAGAAGAUGGGAGCAGAUGGAAGUGUCGCAGGCAAGUUUACCCAUAAGUCUCAGCUGCCAGCAGACAUGGACCCACUGUCUGUGAGCAACACACUGACUGCAGAGGGGAUGCUGGUUAUCAGCGUCGGACGUGUCCCAAAUCUAUCAGCCAAAUCUCUGACUCCUGUCUUCCACUCCGAAACUCACCUUUGACCUGCAUCCUUUGAUCUUCGUUAAUCUUUACACUGCAGACAAGAGCAACAUUGAAAACAGCAUCUUACAAUCCAGUCAAAUCUGAUAUAUCUUAUUAUUUUUUAAGUGUCUUUUAAAUAGAUUAUAAAAGUCUCUACAUUUUUAGAAGAAUAUCUCAGCUCUGUAGGUCCAUACAAUUAAAUGGUGACCAGAACUCUGAAGCAGUGUUUUAAUCCAUGUCUUCUGAAGUGAUAUGAUAGGUGUGGGUGAGAAACAGAUCAAUAUUUAAGUCCUUUUUUAAUAUAUAUAAAUCACCACUUUCACUUUCACAUUGUUCUUCUUUUGUUUUUGGCCAUUUGCAUUCUUUGUGCAUAUCGUCACCUACUUGGCAGGAGGAGAAUUAAUGGUAAAAAGGAUUAACAAGAGUGUGAUGAGUUCUAAGAGAACCCAUAAUAGCGAAGAGUUGAGCUUGAGCUUAGGUUGAGGACAUGUACAAGUAUGUUGCUUAUUGAUUACUCAAACAACAUUUCAACUAAUCUCCAAACUUUGCAUUUCCAACCAAAAUGUUUGUGUAAUUUUUUUUUUAAGUUCUGUUGUCUUUUAAGUUGUGUGUGUGUGUGUGUGUGUGUGAGAGAGAGAGAGAGAGAGAGAACAAUUUAGAUGGUAAUUGUCAUGACAGUAACUUUUACUGGCAGCAAAAUUCAAUUCCAUGCUUGUUCUUCAUACAUAUCCUGUAUGUAUAUUGAUUGGCACUUUGCUUGAUUGUAACACACUGCUGUAGAUCUAGAUACACUAAAUACUUUAUGGCAUUUUUAAAUAGAUGAUCUAAUCACAGAACUGAUGACAGACUGACAGAUGAGAGAAACAAGAAGAGAGAGUUGUGUGUUGCUAACAUAGUUUAGGAAUACAGCAUAAAAUUAGAUGAGAAAACAUGCAAAUCUGAGUCAAAUUUACUGUAAUUAGAGCAGACAGAUGGGUAUCACAACCAGGGACUAAAAACAAAUGUUUUUCAUUUUGGUUCGUUCUGAGCAGAAACUGAUUUUUUUUUUUACUUUCUGUUCUGGCGUUCCGCUGCCUCCUUCCCAAAUGGUAAAUGGUUGGAACAAAAUUAAAGAACGGUUAAUAACAUUCUUUAAAAAAUAAAAUAAAAAAAUGACCGUACUCUGUACUAAGGGUGGGUGAUACACCAGUGCAGUUUUAUCAGAUAUCUCUAGAAAAAAAAAAGGACCUGGUCUGGAAAAACAAGCACAAAAUAAGGGACUUGCCUCAAACAAAAUAAGUGAAAAUAAAAAUGUUUCCCAUGUGGUGGAAUCAUCAGCAUAGAAAUCAUAACAAGCAAAGUAUAGAUUAGUCUAUAUAAAAUAACAUCCUUUCAAUAAAUGUCUUCUUAAUAUUAAAUAUAUGCCCAAAAAUAUUUUAAAUAUUUAAAAAAUACAUCUGGCCAUGUAAAAUCAAUUCAUAGCCAAAAUCUCUCUCUCCUGAAUGCAUGCACACACUGCUUGGGCAUGUUUGGACUAAACGUCAUCUUAUGCGGGCUGAAUUAUUUUAUUUUAAUUAUAUCUUUUAAUCACAGGUGUUUCUUGUCAGAACCUGGCAGCAUCAAAUCUGUAUUAAUGCAUCAUGUCUAACAAUAAUUCAGUGAAUUUGUGAACUUGGAAACAACUGAGAAAUGUACUUUUUACCUCAAUAUUUUUUCCUUGUAUCUGCAUUAACCGUGCAUGUAUACGUAGUAAUUAUAUACUGUAAAUUUGUCUUCAGCGUGUCACAGAAGGCUUCAUCCACAGCAUGCCUUAAGGCAAAGGAAUGUGUGAUGCGGCAGUUUCCUUCAGAAUCAAUGUUCAACAUGAUGUUCAACUAAAAAGAUAAAAGCCAACAGGAAGUGGUGUAAUUCUGAAAAUGUACUGUGAUAAACCAAUUAGACUUUGGUUUUAUAAAACUUAAAACCUGUUAUUAACCAAUUAUCAACAUCUAAAAAUAAAGUUUUCACUCUAGAACAAUUGAAA